GAGCGUAGGCUGCACGCCCGUGGGGGCGGGCAGAAGGAGAGCCGCUUCCGGGUGAGUCGCCCCGCCCCUACGUGGACUUGCUCUCUUAGAGCGGGAGAGGCGGGAGUCAGGAGCGGAGCUGCGGCGGGGGAGCAGUGUCCGUGAACUGAGUGGACAGCGGACACUCGGAGCCUAGAGUCCAUCUAGCAGGCUACCCUGUACCCCGCCCACACCAUGCAUCACCAGUCCAUACUGCACAGCGGCUACUUCCACCCACUGCUGCGGACCUGGCAGGCCUCUGCCUCCACCAUCAGUGCCUCCAACCUCAUCUAUCCCAUCUUUGUCACGGAUGUUCCUGAUGAUGUCCAGCCUAUUGCCAGCCUCCCAGGAGUGGCCAGGUACGGCGUGAACCAGCUAGAGGACAUGCUGAGACCCCUGGUGGAAGCAGGCUUGCGCGCUGUCCUGAUCUUUGGUGUCCCCAGCAGAGUUCCCAAGGACGAACAGGGCUCUGCAGCUGACUCUGAGGACUCCCCAGCUGUUGAAGCCGUCCGCUUGUUGAGGAAGACCUUCCCUGACCUCCUAGUGGCCUGUGAUGUUUGCCUGUGCCCCUACACCUCCCAUGGUCACUGUGGCCUCCUGAGUGAGAAAGGAGCAUUCCUAGCUGAGGAAAGCCGACAGCGGUUGGCAGAGGUGGCACUGGCCUAUGCCAAAGCAGGAUGUCAGGUUGUAGCUCCAUCAGACAUGAUGGACGGACGUGUCGAAGCCAUCAAGACUGCCCUGCUAAAACACGGUCUUGGCAACAGGGUCUCUGUGAUGAGCUAUAGUGCCAAAUUUGCCUCCUGUUUCUAUGGCCCUUUCCGGGAUGCAGCUCAGUCGAGCCCAGCUUUUGGGGACCGCCGCUGUUAUCAGCUGCCUCCUGGAGCCCGUGGCCUGGCCCUCCGUGCAGUUGCCCGGGACAUUCGGGAAGGAGCUGACAUGCUCAUGGUGAAGCCAGGAUUGCCCUACCUGGAUGUGGUGCGGGAGGUGAAGGACAAGCACCCCGAGCUCCCCCUCGCGGUAUACCAGGUGUCAGGAGAGUUUGCCAUGUUGUGGCACGGAGCCCAGGCUGGGGCCUUUGAUCUCAGGACUGCUGUACUGGAGGCUGUGACUGCCUUCCGCAGAGCUGGUGCCGACAUUAUCAUCACCUACUUUACACCCCAGUUGCUGAAGUGGCUAAAGGAAGAGUGAUGGAGAGUAUAGGAUUUGAUGUUGACAAAGCUCCUUGGGCCUUGAGUGAAGCCAAAGUAAAUGCUGGAACUGUG